AUGGCAUCAGUCGACGAACUCGCCAGCAAGUACUCGGAACAGCUGGGGCAGCUCCAGGCAAUCUUCCCAUCAUGGGACGAAUCAGACCUGGCAUUCACGCUCCAAGAUGCGAGAGGAAAUGUGGACGAGGCAGCUAUGAUGAUCACUGAAGGUCGUGCUGCCCAAUUCACCCAAGCCACGAGCCGGAAGAAGGCCGCCAAACCCAAGGAAUCGACCCAGAGGCACUCGAACAGGAAUGCUGAUACGGGUGGAUGGGAGGCGGUCAAUGGAGGUGAUGGCGAGUUCAAGGGCGGCAGGGGCGGUCGAGGCGGUAGGGGAGGACGCGGAGGUCGCGGUGGACGUGGUGGAGAGCCAUUCCGAGGUGGCCGAGGCGGUUCCCGAGGCGGUCGAGGCGGCUACGCAAACGGCUCAUCCGGAGACUACGCGAACGGCAGCUCCGGAGUCACCAACACCGCUACUACGACCGACGGCUGGGCGACUCAAGUCCAGGAAGCCACAAAGACCAACGGCGAUGAUGGGGGUUGGGGCACUGAGACUGCCGCUGCACCUGCCACCGGCGACGACGGGGGCUGGGGCGAUGAGGCCCCUGCCGCUCCUGCUGCCGCUGUCUCAGCUGCUGCACCUGCCAAGGCCAACGCGGAUGAUGGUGGUUGGGGAGACGAGCCAGCUGCGGCGCCCAAGGCGGACUUCAUGCCUGUCAAUGGGCUCGGGGAUGCUCCGUCUGCCAAGGAACUGAAGGGCGCAGCGGAUGCGGUCAAGGCGGGUCAGACACCCCAGGCCAAGCCAAAGAUGACAUGGGCUCAAAUCGCAAAGCCGGUCGAAAAGCCAAAGCCAGCCCCCGCACCUGUCGCCCAACCAAAGCCAGCGGCCGCGGAGCCAGUCACCACAGCUCCCGAGCCACCACUCGACGAGGAGGAGACCGCCGAGGAGGUCGCGCCCGAAGCCGAAGUGCCGGUCGAAGCUGAGCCAGAGGUGGAAGAUACACCUGUCGAGGAGGAAGCACCCGUGGAGGAGGCUGCUCCGGAAGAGCCCGAAGUGCAGGAGUCAGCUCCAGCAGAAGAGGAAGACUGGACAUCGGAUCCCGCUAUCGCCGGUGCCGGCGCUGGUGCUCAGCCAGAAUGGGCCUCUUCUCAGCCCGCUGCACUCUCACCCCCAGCAAGGGAGCCGGAACCCGUCACGACCUACACUGGCCCUCCAGGCUUCAACAACCUCCCUUCGAAAUCCGCCCAACCUCCCCUUACAUCCGCCGCCCCCGCCGCUGCUCCCACGGCCAUCCCCUCGCACGCCUCCAUCUCCAACGCUCAACGCACCAACUCGCGCGCCGCCCACCGGUUCAAGAAUUCGGACGGACAGGGCGUCGUGCUUCCUCCCGCGCUUGACCGGGCUACAUCCAGCAUGGAGGUGCAGUUCGGCAGUCUCAGCUUUGGCGGUCUGAACGGUGACGGCGUGGAAGCCCCCCUUGCUCCCUUGUCGCCGCAGGACUCGAAGCAGGAGUUCUCUGCUCCCGCUCACCAGCAGCAGCCGCAGCAAAUCACCAGCCCGAUCCGCCAACCGGUGUCGCAGCCCCCUGCACAGGCCCCAGUCCACUCGCAGAGCCCAUACCACCCAUACCAGGCGCAAAAUCAGGCUCAGGCCCCUGCUCCGGCACAAGCCCCAGCACAACCCGCCGCUCCCGCUGCUGGCGGAUACCAGUCAAACCAGCAGACACUGCAGGCGCAGAUGGCUGCAUACCAGUCGCAGUAUGCCCAGCAGCAACAGCAACCUGCCCACACCCAGCAGGAGCAGACCCAGGCGCAACCUCAGCAGGGGUAUGCUGGGUUCCGUGGGUUCGACCAGUACGGCUCGCUUCCCCAGCCCACGCCGCAGCAAUUGCAGCCCCAGCAGGCUCAGCAGGAGCAGGCGCCCGCACCGAGCCAAAGCCCAUACGAGCCCUUUGGCGCUGCGGCUGGCGGUGCGAACGCGUUCGGCGGAAGCCACCUCUUUGGUCAGGGCGCUGGACAGCACCAGGGCAAUGAGUACGCUCAGCGCGCAUAUGAGUCGUACGGUUCGGGCGGCUACCCCCGGCCGCAAGCCGAGGAACCCAAGCAGGCUGCUCAGCCGCCGCAGACCCACACCCCGGCCGCCCCUGCGCCUUCGCAGAUCCCUCAGCAGCAGCAACACCAGCAGCAGCAGGGCGGGUACUACUCCAACAUGGGAUACUACCAGAACGCGCCAUACAACCCGUACUACCAAUAUGGCCAAGCCCCUACGCCUUCGUUCCAGCAGUACUACCCUCUCGGCCAGCGUCAGAUGUACGGCCAGCCCGCCCCCGCUCCCGGUGGACCCGGCGCUCCCGGUCCUGGUGCGCCCUCCCCCGCCAAGCCCGCUCAAGUGCAGCAACACCAACAGCACGCGCAAUCCCCAUACGGCGCACCCUCAAGCUACCCUUCCUCGACCUACGACGACUUCUCGCUGAGUCGUUUCGGCGACAAGUCUGGUGCGGGCGUUGCGAGCGGCGCGAAUGCCCAGCAACCCGCUUUCGGCGGUUAUGGAUCUUCGGCGGCGCAGCAAGGUCAGGUGGGCAACGCUGCCAAUGCGUACGCUGCGUCCCAGUGGGGCCGGAACCAGGCCUCUACACCCGGUAACGACGACUCGACCGGCGCCGGUGCAGGCGGCUACAAGGGCGUUUCGGCCGCUCGGCCCGCCUCGACCCAGGCUCCAGCUCAAGGCCAAGGCCAGCAGGGCCAGGGUCAGGGUCAGACCCCGCAGCAGGCUCAGGCGCACGCUGCGGCUCUCCAAGCCCAGGCUCAACAGCAGCAGCAACAGCAGCAGCAGCAGCAAGGCCAGGGGUACGGCGGGUACGGCGGGUACGGGGGAUACGCCGGCGGUGGAGGCGGUGCGGAAGGUGGAUGGGGUGGGUACGGCGGGUACGGCGGUGGUGGCGGUGGAGGCGGCAGGAACGGGUAUGCGGGGUGGCAGCAUUGA